UUCGAUUUGAGGAUAUUAUUUAAUGAGUCGUAUCGAUAGAAAUAUCGUUUGUAAAGGUUUCGAUGCGACUUUUAUCGGACAGUCAGAUGGUGCCAGUCGCAAGUCCGCAACCAGUAGUCGCGAGUCUGUGAGCCGAAAGAUCUCAGCGCCCCGGGUGCUUGAAGAAUCGGUGUCUUCAUUCUUCAGAGAACCUGUCUUCAGUCUGCAGUGUCCACACGAAAAGAUCGAAUACAUACCGUGACCUUUCAAUUCGGUAAAAAGACCCCCUGGGGUCCCAAAAAAGAGAGAGAGAAAAAAAAGCUAGAAAGUCUAAUCGUAAUAGUUAACGUUACAUAAUUUUGAUAACGUCUGUUUGUAAAUUGAUAAUAAUUAUCUGAUUGUCCCUUUUUAAGCCGGCUGUUCGGUCCGGGAUGAGAGACCCGUCGUAGAAGACGAUCAGUUCUCUCUUUUUCUCUCUCUCUUCGGGGGACGAAAUUCCGGGUCCGUCCCUCGAGUAAGUCGGACGUCGUGAGUUAUGUGUACAAAUUGGACAUGUCGGAGAAAACGGGAAACGACAUCGGCCCCGGGGCGGAGAGGCGAGGGACCGUCGUCAGCUUCAGCAGGGAGAAGGACGAGGUGAGCGUCCUCGAAGAUGACGAGCUGCAGAUCUCACUCGCACCUUACAUCCAGACGUACCUGGCCCACAGUGGUGAGGAGUUCGGCUGCUGCGGCCUCUGCCUGCCCGUGCCGUUCGAACGGGCGUCGAGGAGGUCAUGGUGGGACCCACGGUUCGACUCGGAGAUACUCGAAGGCCAGUACCGCACCAGUUCCUUCACACAGAUCAGACUACGGUUCAGAUAUUCUAUGGUGUAUAUGCUUCUUCUAUCUAUAGUCUGGUGUGGGUACCUGAUGGCAGUGGGUGUCUUGGACGGUUCACAAGAGGAUGCGUUUCCACUCGGUGUGAUAUACUUCCUUUUUGCGGUAUUCUCCCUCAUAGUGUUGAUAUUCACGAGGUCCCUCCUCUACCGCCAAUACAUCCUGCCGGUGUCUGUCUUCAUAUCGCUGGCCAUGUGCCUGCUGUCACUGGCGUCGGUGAGCCAGUCGCCUGUACUAAGCCCGGCGAGCGAUUUUGCGAUAUCCAUCGAGAUUCUGAUGAUAAUCUAUACUGUGAUACCGUUGCCUUUGUAUGCUUGCGUGAUAAUGGGGGUGACUUAUUCUACCCUUUUUGAAAUUCUGGGUAUGAGGUACGCAUUGCCUGUAACGAUACUCUGCCAUGUUUGUGUUCAUUUGAUUGCCCUUCACAUCCUGAUCAUGACGAAUGUACGAAUGCGUGGGACUUUUAUGAAAGUAGGACAAUCGCUUUUAGUAAGAAGACAGCUAGAGAUGGAAAAACAACUAAAGGAAAAAAUGAUUCUUUCUGUCAUGCCGCCGAAAGUGGCAGAGUGGUUGAUGGAAGAAGGUGAAGGGAAUUUCAAUCCUUCUGGGAUCGACCUAAUACGUGGCUUCCGCCCCUUUAACAUGAACUGCAUGAAGGAUGUAAGCAUUUUGUUUGCUGAUAUCGUCGGUUUUACAAGGAUGUCUUCAAAGAAAACGGCCUCCGAGUUGGUAACUGUUUUGAAUGAGUUGUUCGGCCGUUUUGACGACUUAUGUGCACUUAACAGCUGUGAGAAAAUCGCAACCCUGGGAGACUGCUACUACUGCGUGUCUGGCUGUCCGACACCGAAGCCUGAUCACGCGCAGUGCUGCAUCGAAAUGGGAUUAGGAAUGAUAAGAGUAAUAGCUCAGUUUGACCGGGAAAAAAAGGAGGAUGUCAAUAUGCGAGUCGGAGUGCACACUGGGACAGUCCUUUACGGAAUCGUAGGGCGAAGGAGGUUUAAGUUUGACGUUUGGUCUAAUGAUGUCUCCCUUGCCAACAAAAUGGAAUCGACUGGAAAACCUGGCCGAGUGCAUAUAACCCAAGCGACUAAAAAGUUCCUUAAUGAUAUUUACGUCCUAGAACCUGGGGAAUUGUAUGAAGGUAUGGAGACAUAUUUUAUUGUGGAUCGAAAAGACAGAAUAAAAUCAGCUAGCAAUUUGGACCAAAUUGUGAUCAACACGGUUCAAAGUGACCCUUCGUACGAGACAGCCCUCGCCUCACAGUCAGAGUCGCUUGUGACAGCCAAGUCACAAGAGAGAAACGGCCUGGUCACGCCGAACAUCAACUGCACUGUGUCUCCUUUCGAGGCAAUAUCUGACUCGCGGGUCUUCUCUGAGAGCACCGGACUCAACUCCUCACCGUCACCACCUCCCAGCAUUCCCAGGCUACUCUGCCUUUCCGAAAAACUUUCUGACACCAAGGCCACUUCGUUACCAGAGGUUUUCGCCUCGGAAAUGCAGUUAAUACCAAAAUCGAGACCGUCCCUGAUGGGCAGUGGACCACUUGUACUGAAAAAAAAUGCCCCUCAAUGGAGAUAUUCUCGACUCAAGCUAAACACACACAAUUCAGAUAUCGAAAAUGGAAAACUACAGCAAACGUACAACAGUAUAGAUUCUGAACCAUCGCCUAUGGAUAAGACUAUUAGCAUACAAUUGGAAGUUCCUAAAGACGAGCUGAGCUUUUGUCACUCUCUAAACAGCAGAAAGGACUCUGGGAUAAGGAGUAACAGUCGGAGAAGCAGCAUUCAACAGCAGUUGUAUGUUAUGAACGGUAUUACACAAGGCGAACUCCUGAAUCAUAGAGUUAGCGGCUAUUACACGUCGAGUCAAUCGUCCCUGAACAACUCAGACAAAGACACAAAAGGCAUCAAGUUACCGAGUCCUUUAACCGAGUCCUUUGGAGCAUGUUUUCAAAAGAUCAGAAAACAGUCAGACCUGCAACUGAUUCGUUGUGUACAGGAUAACAGUAAAUCUGAAAGGAGUUAUUUUGUGAGCCCACCAUUGAAGAGAUGGAGCCUCCUUUUUAAGCAGGGUGAAAUGGAGAAGGAAUAUAGGGAAAAAGCUCAUCGGACGGCACCGACCGGACCGAAUAAGACCAGAACUCUUGCCACUGCUCGUUUUAACACUUAUUUUGACAUUUCUGUGUCUCUUAUUGUUUUUACAUCAAUAUCGUUAUCAAUGUUUCUAACCUUCCCAUUCAACAUCCCUUGGAUGACAAUAUUUCUUAUAUUGAUGAGCGUCCAGCUGAUUGUUGUGUCUCUCUGUAUCCAUUCGAUAGUGAAGCCGAUUUUGAUAAGGCAACUGAGGCCGCUUUUGAACUGGUAUUCGUGGCAUAUAAUCGGUGCUGUAUUGGUGUCGCUACCGAUCAUAGCCGUUUUGAUUAAUUUUAACCAGUCGACCGUUUCCAAAGACAAUUUGUACAACUAUAGCUACCUCAUUUUUAUUGGCAUGGUGCAUUAUUGUAAUUUCACACAGUUGAACUGCUGGAUGAAAAGCAGCCUCGCGACGCUUGGCGCACUAAUUUAUCUAAUCCUGGUCACAAAUACUGUUUUGCAAAACCCGGCGCUUGUCAAUGUCAACAGCACAGGGAAUUUCACGACCGAGAGGAACUUCUCUUUCGUAGCGCCAACUUCUUUCAUCUCUGGUGAAGAAAAUUUCAGGAAGAAACGAGAGAGUUUAAUUGAUAUCGGGCUUAUGGACUAUCUAGCUGAUAACGAUAUUGUAAAGAAACAAGAAAACACACCAUACCCUGAAACGCCUACCACAGAAGAGCCUUGGCAAAUGUUAAAUUUUUCGCCGAAGCAUAAAAACAUGCUGAGAAGCGAGUCUUUCUUAAUAGAAAUCUACUUGGAUAUUUUCUUUCUGGCUUUGCUUGUCUGGUUUUUGAAUCGGGAGUUUGAAAUCAGCUACAGACUAAGCUUCCACGGAAAUGCAGUUGCAGCGAAGGACAAAGCCAAAGUGGAAGCUAUGAAGUUGCAAGCGGAUCUUUUAGUUGAGAACAUCAUCCCCAAACAUGUCGUGGACCACUUAAAAACAACAGCUUGCUAUUCUGAGGAUGUCAAAGAUGUGGGUGUAAUGUUUGCCAGUAUAAUUAAUUUUGGAGACUUGUAUGAUGAGUCAUACAUGGCUGGAAAAGAAUAUCUUAGGAUUUUGAAUGAAUUGGUGAGUGAUUUUGAUGAUUUACUCAGUCAACAACGAUUCCAUAUGGUUGAGAAAAUAAAAACAAUAGGAUGUACAUACAUGGCCGCUUCUGGGUUGAACGCUUCUCAGAGGCAGGCGAACAGCAACGAACAUCUUCGCCAGCUGAUGGAGUUUGGGUUUGCGCUCCAGUCUGUCAUCGACAAUUUCAAUAAUCACUUAUUGGGAGUCAAACUCAUUCUUCGUGUUGGCUUCAAUUAUGGCGACGUCACCGCAGGUGUAAUAGGAACGACAAAGCUCUAUUAUGACAUAUGGAGCGACGCUGUUAAUAUUGCGAGUAGGAUGGACUCGACCGGUGUGGCCAACAAGAUUCAAGUACCUGUCAGCUGUAUUCCAGUGCUUUCUCAGUAUUACGAAUUCGAACAUCGAGGAACCGUGUUUGUCAAGGGUAAGGACAACAUGGAUGUUUACCUUGUCUCCGGACGAAAGGAAAGCGACGACCUGCCUUAUAUCGAAUCAAAAAGCGAAUCCGACAGACUAACAAGUCAAUGAGUCAUAUUUAUUUAUUGUUUUGGAUAUAAUCUGGAACUGAAUACAAUUUUAAUUUUGACAUCGCAUUUGCUCAAAAGCUUUCAAUUCUUUUGCAGGCUUACUGUGAUAAAACGACCUGUUUCAAGGUGAAAUUGAUAUUUUAGACAAAUACUCUGAUAAAUAUGUUUAAUUGUUUUGUCGUGAUGAAAUGCUAUUUAUAAAGCUCCUUUAAAAAUUGUUGACAUGGAUCAAACACUCGGUCCAAUUAGCAGAAUCAGUUUGUAUUCAGUUCUUGCAACCAACAAAAAAUGUUCCUUAACAAAAUAUUUCGUCGGUACUUUAAUAUGUAAGCGAGAAAGCAGAAAAUUUAUUUAUGUUUUCAUUUGGUAUCAUUUUAUUUUUAAAAUUUUUAAUUUGUUCAAUUCUGCUAUGUUAUGCUUGAACUAUUUAGUAUUGUACAAAGCUGUACAGUUAUGCUGAAUCUUGUGGAAUCGCCUAUUUUAGGAUAUUAUAACAAAUCUUAGACUGUGAUUUGCCUAACUUAAUUGAGUUGACACCCUGAUUAUACGGAUGAUGUUUAGACCCCAUCAAAAAAACAAAAAUUUUACCAUUUUUAGAAUAGUUGGUCUUUUUUUGUAAAAUCGUAAAAUUGUGUAAAAGGGCACAAAUCUGGAAAUGUUUAUUUUAUUUUUGCAAGUUUGUUCAUGUUGUUUUAACAAAGUAAUUUUUAAAGCCAUUUUUGACAGAAAAUAAGACAUCACUGACUGGGCCUUCCUAAUUUAUUUUAUUUUAUGAGCAAAAGAAUAAAUAUAAUUGUAAUUAAAAAGAUAUCACACUGUAGCUGGAAUUCCUGAAUCCAAUUAAUAUCAAGAUUGAAUGAAAUUAAAUAAUAUUUUACAGCAACUAUACGUUAGAACUUUUAUGAGUUUCAGGUUAAUAUUUUAAAGGAGCUUUCCUCCCAAGAGCUAAGGGAAAACAGCCUUCUUCAAUAUUGAGUUAUUUCUUGCUGAUCCUUGAAUUUCAUGUCUUUCUUUUCUUUUAGAAUUGCCUUAUUCUUGUAAAGGAAAUUCCCUUGGUUUAAAAAUAAAUAAAUGAAUAAAUGUAAGUUAAAUUUGAUCAAGUUUCACAAUUUGCUACUGUGUUCACAAACUCACACACACACACACACACACACACACACACACACACACACACACACACCCACACUCUCUCACUCUCACACUCUCUCUCUCUUUCACAGUAUUACUUCAAAAUUAAAUAACUUUUCAUUUUUGAACCUUUAAGGAAUAAAGUUUCCUCAAAAAAUGUGUAAACUUUUUAAUGUUACAUUUAAUUCUUUAACUUCUUUAUUAUUGAUGAAUAUUAUGUGAGAUUAAGUAAUUUUUUUUACAAAGUACAGAGUUGAUAGAUUUUUCCAUUUUUUCUUGUCUGCUGACAUCAAUCCUCUCAUAAACCAUACUGUAAUAUUCAUUAAUAAAAUAGACGUGUUAUAAAUUUAAUUAAAAAAUUAAAAUUUGUAAGUUAAUGGAGUAUUUUAAUAAAAGUGAAAAACGAAAUUUCAAGUUUAUGAAAAAAAAAUUAUAAUUGAGUAAACUGCGCACAAUAGCCAAUAAAGGAUUUAUUUACUUUACCGUAGCUAACAAUAAACCCAUUAGUCAGCUUUUUAACCGUAUAUCAUCUUGUUUAGAUAAAUUAUAUAAUUACCACAAAAUGAACUUUUUUUUAUACAAUAAAAACUAUUUUUGAUAAUUUUGACAUCACAUUAAUACUGUGAUUACUUUUAUUUUUGUGCAUUAUGAAACAAUAGUUGAUUUAACUGAGUUUAAGGCAGAUUCAAGGAACCGUGUCACUGCUUUGAAUAAAAAAUGUUUAAAUUUGGUAUGCUUAAUGACCAGUCUGCGUCCAGUGUUUCUAUUUCUCCUUAAACACUGUUAAAUUUAUCUUUUGUACUUUUUAACAUGUACUUGCUCUAUUUACCAAAGAUACAUUUGGGUGAAAAUGUUUUAAAUAUAAUUACAGUUCCUUUACUUUCAUCUUGAAAUUUAUGGUAUUAGCUACCUGUGCAAAAAUCCACAUAAACAAAGUUCUAGAUCUGUGCCUAUUGCUAUUUCCAGAUAUUUUUUUAAUUGUAUGCCAUUUCAUUCAAAUAUUUCCUAUAGGUUUUUUUUUUCUAUAUUGAUAUUGCUCUGAUAUACUGUCAAACCUUUUACCCUUUGAUAAUUUUAAGAAAGAUUCUUUUGCGACUUUUCAUAGUAAUAUAUUCAUUCAAAAUGCUCUAUUUUUUCUUGAGCGGUAUAUAUAAAAUAUAGAUUUAUACACGUACAGUUAAAAAGAUUUUUUAUUUUAUAAGCAAUUUAGCAUUUAAGUAAACUGUAGCCUGAUUUAACAAUGGGUGCGAACAUUGUGAUAAACAUUGUUUGAUGUUAUGACAUGUGGGACAGAAACUUUUAUAUAGACAAAAGUGAGAAAAAAAAACCAGGUUGUUAACCUAUAUAUUUUAACAUUAAUUACUGGAAUCGAGCGGUAAUGGAUUGAUAAUAAAUUGUUAAAUUAAGCUCGCAACUCUAGCUGUAUAUCUUGCCUUAUUGUAAUUUUAGAAAAUUGUCAAUUAGGAAAAACAAAGUGGUAUUGAUAAUUGUUUUAAUUUGAGAAUGUAAUAUGGAUGAUGUUAAUCGCUUACAGAUGCCUUAUUGUGCCUGAUAUGUAUCGCCUUUGAGCUUGCAUUUGGCUCUCUUCUUUUUUAAUAGCUUGUUGUUUCACAUCCUUAGUUCUUAAUUACAUUCCUUUAAACAUCACUCCUAAAUAUAUAUAAAUAUGUUUUAAUUUUA